AUGAAAGCCGAGCAACAACAAUCGAUUCCACCCGGCUCGGCGACCUUCCCGUCGCAGAUGCCACGGCCACCACCAAGCACCGAACAAGGAAUCACAACGGAAUCGGAGCUUGCGAAGAAAGCUCAAAUCACUCCGAACGACGUUUUAGCACUUCCGGGAAUCACUCAAGGAUUCUUAUGCUCCCCAUCUGCGAACAUCUAUAACAUCGAGUUCACCAAGUUCCAAAUCCGUGAUCUGGACACUGAGCAAGUGCUUUUCGAGAUCGCCAAACCGGAGAACGAUCAGGAGAAUGAUGAGUCGCCACAGGAGUCGGCAAGAUACGUGCGUUAUAGAUUUGCUCCAAACUUUUUGAAACUCAAAACGGUCGGAGCAACUGUGGAAUUCAAAGUAGGAGACAUCCCAAUCCAUCAUUUCCGAAUGAUCGAACGUCACUUCUUCAAAGAUCGCCUUCUGAAGUGUUUUGACUUUGAAUUCGGAUUCUGUAUUCCGAAUUCACGAAACAACUGUGAACAUAUCUAUGAGUUCCCUCAACUCUCUCAACAACUCAUGGACGACAUGAUCAACAAUCCAAACGAGACUCGUUCUGACAGCUUCUAUUUCGUCGAUAACAAACUCGUCAUGCACAACAAAGCCGACUACUCAUAUGAUGCAUAA